AUGGAUCAAGUCAAGUCCCAAGGUGUCAAACCAACACCCGUCGGCAAGGACGGCAAGCCGCUCGACAGUGUCGAGUCCUACCAAGCACACUGGGCCCAGCUGAUGGAAGAUACCAACUUGAAGAUUCAGCAAAUCCGAGAGGAAGAGAAGAGAAGGGCAAACCAGCAAAGCCAGUCCUCGGGCCGAUGA